AUGUCUGAAGACUCAGCUCAGCGACCUGAGGAUGUUGCCCUUCCUCCGUCUCCAAAAUUACCGUCUGAGGUCUUAGCUCUGUCCCAGCAUAUCACGGAACCAGAACAGAAGCCAGGGAGCAUCAGGACAGUCGGACGCUGGAUAGUCGGUGGUCUCCUCAUUACGUUUGAGGAGGGCCUGGCAUGGGCCAAUCGAUUGCGCACCGCUCGAGGAGACGAACCCCUCGAAGACACCCGACGCGACCACUGCUCGAUUCUCAUGGAGGUCUACCAGAGAGUGGAGGAUCUCCGCGGCUACGGAGCUAUGUAUUGGGGGCGUAGUACGGGAGAUCCGAUGAAGCGCUCGCACAUGCUGCUCAUUACAAGAUAUGACCCAGGGCGCGUGCCGCUUGUCAAUGGGAAAGCAACCCUCACACCGGCUCAGACAAAGUCGGGUCCAAUUGAACGCAUGGCUGCGAAGACGUUGAAGGAGGAUGAACAGGUGGAGUUCAUAAGGUUUCACGCCUUUCCUUCUACGAUGCCCCCCGACUUUUGA